AUGGAAGCUGCUAGCAGAGGCCAUACCCGUCCUCAUGCUUGUCUCUGUCCCGCAGGAAACACCACCCCAGUGACCCUGUCUCUGGGUGUGGCUCCCUCGAACUGCAGCGUGUCCUAUGAAGAGAGCAGGGUGUUCCUGGUGGUGGUGUACAGCGCGGUGUGCACGCUGGGCCUGCCGGCCAACUGCCUGACGGCAUGGCUGACGCUGCUGCAUGUGCGGCAGGGCAACGUGCUGGCCGUCUACCUGUUCUGCCUGGCGCUCUGCGAGCUGCUCUACAUUGGCACUCUGCCGCUCUGGAUCAUCUACAUCCAGAACGAGCACCACUGGACCCUGGGCCCGUGGGCCUGCAAGGUCACUGCCUACAUCUUCUUCUGCAACCUGUACAUCAGCAUCCUCUUCCUGUGCUGCAUCUCCUGCGACCGCUUCAUGGCGGUGGUGUACGCUCUGGAGAGCCGUGGCCGCCGCCAGCAGAAGACGGCCAUCCUCGUCUCCACGUGUGUCUUCAUCCUCGUCGGGCUUGUUCACUACCCGGUAUUUCAAAUGGAAGAGAAGGGCACCUGCUUUGAGACGCUGCCGAUGACCAGCAGGAUCGCUGGGUACCACUACUGGCGCUUCGCCGUCGGGUUCGCCAUCCCUCUCGCCAUCAUCACCUUCACCAACCAGCGGAUCUUCAGGAGCAUCAAGCUAAGCGUGUCCCUGAGCGCCGCCCAGAAGGCCAAGGUGAAGCACUUGGCCAUCGCGGUCGUGGUCAUCUUCCUGAUCUGCUUCGCUCCCUACCACCUGGUGCUCCUAGUCAAAGCUGUCACCUUUUCCUACUACAAAGGGGACGUGGCCUCCGUGUGUGCCUUUGAAGCCAGCCUGUACACGGUCUCCGUGGUGUUCCUCUGCCUGUCCACGGUGAACAGCGUGGCCGACCCCAUCAUCUACGUGCUGGCCACCCAUUCAUGGCAAGAAGUGUCCAGAAUCCACAAGGAGUGGAAAAAGUGGCCCACAAAGACAGACGUCAUGAAGCUCACAUGUUCGAAGGACUCGGAGGAGGUGCAAUUGCCCAUGUCACUCGCAAAUGGCCACAUGUUCCCCAGGCCUGUCCGCCCACUAGGGUCACAGCUGGGCACCUGGGGCUCACUGUGCCCCCUGGAGACGCUGAACGAAGAGUCCUGCUGAGCCCAGUGCCCUGCAGGGCAGGACGGCCCGUGCGGGAGUCCAGGGGCCAGCAGCUUGGCUUCCUUUCCA